GCACUAGAUGGCCAGUCAGCUGACUGCCCAGCUGAUUUUCGCCGCAUUUGCACAACAUUGCGCGACUCUUUCGGCUUUUUUUGUGUGAUAUUUUUACGAGAUUUACGUAAUCCUACGCGCAGAUCAUCAACCGCACCACCCACGCGGGAGCAGUGCAUAGGAACCAGUAUUCCUACUGGCGAUCGCUCAGCGAUGUCGCGAUCCGCACAAGAAGCUGCGGCGCUGCUGCGGGGACUGCGGAUUUUGGUGGAGGCGUGUGGGCGCGAGCAACUCGCCCACGGUCGUCAUCUUUGGAGCAAUUCGAGCAUUCGUGAGCUAAUCGCCGAGAAUGUUGCGCACACACAGCAGCUGGUGAGGAAUUCCAGUCAAAAUCCCACCGUGGAGCUGAAAGAACUGCAACAAUCCCUUCAAGAAACCGGCGAAAGGGUCUACGUGGUGGCCAAGGGUAUUUGCUCGCUGCUGGAGACGAAAAUAAAGAUGUCCAGCAAGGAAUCCGGCAUCUCCGAGCCAGCACAAGCCUCCACACCCAGAAGAUCCGCAGCCACGGCGCAAAAUCAAGCGAGUUGGGACGCCGCCAACUUGGAUAUAUCCUCCAUAACGCUGCAGGAGUUCGAGGAGAUACUCUCGCGCAGGAACAAGGAUCGAAGUGUUAGCUUGCGCACCCCGGCCACCAAGAGCAGCCAGACAAUGCCCAAAAAAGCAGCUCCAACCAAUCCGGGCGGCAUUACCCAGGACACGGAGUAUGUCAACAAUGUGCUGCGCUUCGUGGCGGGCGCCAAGGUGGAGGAGCCGGCGCCAGACACGCAGCUGAAGAAGAAGUCCGACCAGCCGGCCAUAGAAGUACCCGAACUGAGCAAGGUGGCCAAACAGCGCAAGGUUCCCUCCUCGCGGAUAGGCAGAAUGGCCUCCUUUGGCGGCUUGUUCGCCGGCCUGGGCAUUGGUACCCUCAACGAGCUGACCAAGGGAGCCCUCGGCCUGGGCGGAGCGACCAGCAUGCGAGAGGCCCUGCUGAGUCCCGCCAAUGCGGAACGCAUCGUGGACACGCUGUGCAAAGUGAGAGGAGCCGCUUUGAAGAUCGGCCAAAUCCUGAGCAUACAAGAUUCCAGCGUGGUGUCGCCGCAACUGGCCAAGGCGUUCGAGCGGGUGCGCCAGGCGGCUGACUAUAUGCCCGAUUGGCAGGUGGAACGGGUGAUGAACACCCAAUUGGGAGCCGAUUGGCGCCAGCGACUGAGAAGCUUUGAGGACAAGCCCUUUGCCGCUGCCUCCAUUGGCCAGGUGCACCGGGCCACCCUGAGCGACGGCAUGGAUGUGGCGAUCAAGAUCCAGUAUCCCGGCGUCGCCCAGAGCAUCGAAAGCGACAUUGACAAUCUGGUGGGCAUGCUCAAGGUGUGGGAUGUCUUCCCCCAGGGUUUCUUCAUCGACAAUGUGGUGCGCGUGGCCAAGCGCGAGUUGCAGUGGGAGGUGGACUACGACCGCGAGGCGGAGUACACGGAGCAGUUUCGCGAGAUGAUCUCGCCCUAUCCGGAGUACUAUGUGCCGCGAGUGGUGCGCAGCCUGACCACGUCCAGCGUCUUGACCACCGAACUGGUGCCGGGCGUGCCGCUCGACAAGUGCUUCGAUUUGAGCUACGAGCAUCGCGCCCACAUAGCCGCAUCCGUGCUGAAGCUCUGCCUGCGGGAGCUGUUCGAGAUUGAGUGCAUGCAGACGGACCCGAAUUGGUCAAACUUCCUGUACGACGCGCCCAGUCGCCGGCUAAUGCUGAUCGACUUCGGCUCGACGCGCUUCUACCGACACGACUUCAUCCGCAACUACCGCCAGGUGAUCAUGAGCGCGGCCGACGACAAUCGACAGGGCGUCCUGGAGAUGUCGCGCGAAAUGGGCUUCCUCACCGGCUACGAGACCAAGCAAAUGGAGCAGGCACACGUGGAUGCGGUGAUGAUAUUGGGCGAGAUCUUUCGCUACGACGGUGACUUCGAUUUCGGGAAGCAGAACACCACCGAAAGAUUGGCCGCCCUGGUGCCCACAAUGGUGGCGCAUCGGCUGUGCCCGCCGCCCGAGGAGAUCUACUCCAUCCAUCGCAAGCUCUCCGGCAUCUUCCUGCUGUGCGCGAGGCUGAAUGUGCGCAUGAAUUGCGUGCCCUUCUACAAGGACAUCGUGCUGGGGAAGUUCAAGGACUAGGCAGCACAGCUCCUCCAUCUCUCCUUUGUUUUUUUUUAUUAUUUGUCCAAUCCAAUCCCAGCAGUAAACCUUAAGUGCGCUUAAUUUGUAAAUGCAACCCACUGCAAGAUUACACAUGUAUGUGAAAUUCCUA